GACAUUGGUAGUUUGUUGACAGACGACAGUUGUUAGUUGACAGUUGACAUCCGUCAGAAAUAUUUCUCUUUCUUGGUGAGCCGCUCGCGUAGAAGCUCGCCAUCAUGGUGAACAACCGUGUGCCGUCAGUCUUCUCCAAGACUUACGUGACGCCGCGACGUCCCUUCGAGAAGGCGCGUCUCGACCAGGAGUUGAAGAUCAUCGGAGAGUACGGUCUCCGCAACAAGCGCGAGGUGUGGAGGGUCAAGUACACCCUCGCCCGCAUCCGUAAGGCGGCCCGUGAGCUCCUCACCCUCGAGGAGAAGGACCCCAAGAGGCUUUUCGAAGGGAACCUGAAAUAGUUGUUCCCGUGGAACAGACAAACAAGAAAAAGAAGAAGAAGAAAAAUAAGGAACUAAACCAAUCUGAAACCGCCGUUGAUGACGUCACGGAGCCGACAAGUAAUGGUGAUAUAGAAGAAAAUAAAGAAGAAUUGUUAAUAUCUGGUGACGAUGAGACUGUAAUAGCCGAUAACGAAGUAAAAAAUAGUGAAAAG